AUAAAAAAACCACGAUUCACACACACAAAUCGCAAGGGUUUGCACUUCACAAAGAACUGAAGAGUGAAGAAGAAAGAACCAGCCGACGGCGAGCCUUCCUCCUUCGAAUCUUGCUACGGCGGCGAGGAUUCUUCUCCGGCAGCCUCCGGCGAAGCUUCGUACCCUCCUCUCCAGAAAUAACAAGAAGUAGAAGAAAAGUGUAUCAUGGCUUAUGAGGGAAGCAAUCUGAAGUCCACCUCCAUUAAUGGCGUAAAGAUGUAUUCUGUGUCGGGCCAACGUUCUAUGGCCACUUGGCUUCCACCCAAGAAGUUGAGAGCUCUUCGCAAAGACAAAGACUACAUUCAAAGGCUCGACUUGAUCCAGGACUUGAGGUUCGUGACUGCCACAAGUAAAAUUAAGGUGUCUCCUGAUGGAGAAUAUCUUAUUGCAUCAGGUAUUUAUCCACCGCAAGUUAAAGUGUAUGAGCUACGAGAACUAUCGCUGAAGUUUGAACGACACUUGGUUUCUGAAAUAAUAAAUUUUCAGGUGUUAGCUGAUGAUUAUUCUAAGAUUGCAUUUCUAUGUGCCGAUCGCUCUGUUUGCCUACAUGCAAAAUAUGGAAGUCACUAUAGCUUACGGAUUCCAAGGAUGGGAAGAGAUAUAGCUUAUGACUGCUGGUCCUGUGACUUGCUCUGUGCUGCUUCUUCUUCAGAUUUGUACAGAAUUAAUUUGGAACAGGGUCGUUUCUUGUCAUCGCUCAACACACAAUCUCCCGCAAUAAAUGUUGUUUCUCGGAGCAAGCUUCAUGGGCUAGUUGCUUGUGGUGGUGAGGAUGGUGCAGUUGAAUGCUUUGACACGAGGACAAAAUCUUCAGUUGGAAGAAUUAAUGCUGUUACGCCUGCUGGUGACAUUGAUCAGGAGGUUACCGCAUUAGAGUUUGAUGAUGAUGGGGGUUUUCUCAUGGCUGUUGGAAGUAGUGCUGGAAAGGUAUUGAUCUAUGAUUUGCGUUCUUCUUAUCCUAUUCGAGUCAAGGAUCACAUGUAUGACAGCCCCAUAUUGGAUAUUAAGUGGCAUCGCACUCUUAACUCUGAACGGUCAAAGUUGGUUACUACAGAUAAUCAUAUUGUUAGGAUUUGGGACUCUGAGACGGAAAUCCUUGGCGGAUCCAUUUGCAUAUGAUGCUUAUAUAGAGCAGCGGAAGCAAGAGAAGCUGGACGCUGAACGUGCAUCUAGAAUUACGAUCAAGAGGAAAUUACCUAAAGUCAACCGCGCCCUUGCUGCUCGUAUUCUUGAAAAUGAAGAAGCUGAAGGUGAAGUAAAAGAUGUUGAUGCUGCUGACACAAAGAAAACAUCAAAGAAAAAGAAGGGAUUAAACAGUGAAGUGCUGAAGGAUGAGCGUUUUUCAGCUAUGUUUGAAAAUAAGGACUUUGAAGUUGAUGUGUUCUCCCAAGAAUAUGUAUCUUUACAUCCUAUGGCUUCCACCAGUAAGCGACCUUCAUUAAUUGAGGAACAUUUUGAGCCAGUUAUGGGAGAAGAGAGAGGUAUAAAUGACUCGGAUGCCUCAGCUGGGACUGAGUCAUCAGAAGAUGAGCUCAAUGAAGACAGAAGUAAAGUUCAAAAGAAGACAUCACGGGUUCCAAGGCUGUAUGAAGUGAAGGAUGAGCGACAUGCAGAAGCCUUCUGGAACUGCGUGUCACUUGCAAAGGAGGAUGCUCUUCCUAUGGGAGAAAGAGUGGCAGCUUUACAAGAUCAGCAAGUUUCUGGUGUCCCGGGUAAUGUAAAGUUCGGACCUGGUGGGUCACGAGAGAUCUCCUUUAUUUCCAGAUCCUCCGCCAAAUACAAGGAGGACAAGGAAGAGGAACGAGAAGGAAAGAGAAGAGGAAUCCAAUCCUUAGGCCUGAAAUCUGAUAGAUCAGAUUUUCAGGGUCGAGGUCGAGGUCGAGGUCGAGGUCGAGGGCGAGGGCGUGGUGGUAGAGGGAGAGGAGGCAGUGGAGGUAGAGGGAGAGGAGGCAGCCGCGGGAGGAGUAUGGGAAGAGGCAGAAGGUGAAUCCAAUAUGAAUUCACGUUUGGGUUCAUCAUUGUCUUCCAUCAUAGCGGGGCUCACCUGUGCAUCUUUCAGUAAUGGGUAAUGGUUUCUGGGAGCAUUGCCACGCUUUCUCAACUGGUACCUUUGAUCUUUUCUACUGAUCAGCAUCAUUCGGAAUUUUUUGUGUAGGUUUUAGGAUAAUGAGCUGUUGUAGUUUUGAUUUAUUUAGGGAUAUAUUUUCUGCUGCUCUGGUAUUUAUUGUUAAUUAUUCCAGGCAGCUCCUCUAGCUGUGUGUGCAGAUUUUUAUUUUUCUGUUCAUGUUUAGAGUGGUAGAAUUGCAUUUGAUUACAUGAGGGAAGACGUGCUUUCGAGUUAGAAAGAAACAUAGAUGUUUAUAGAUGUUUUUGCAAUUGCAAUGCAAAAUAAUGAAAACACUUCUAUACUUAUUUAUUU